CAUUGGAUAACUUAUGUAAAAAGAACCAAGAGAAAUAUCUCUUCAAGUUCUACUUUUAUCUUUCUCACUUUACGCGUUCACGUUCACGACUCUUACGAUUACAAUGAGCCAUGAAAGUUUAAGUUUCCUGGAACAGGCUCCGUCUGUAAUUAGAAAGGCAAAAUCUGUGUGGAGCGAUUUUAUCGACUUUGUUGCUAGUGACAAUGUCCUUCAAGUUGCUGUUGGUCUCAUUAUCGCCAACGGCUUCACCAAAGUCGUCCAAUCUCUUGUCUCCGAUAUUCUCCUACCCCCAAUCGCCUUGUUACCAUUCAUCGACCGGAACUUUGAAGAGAAAUUCGUCGUUUUGCGUAAAGGACCUCAUGCGAAUCAGACUCUAGCACACAGUGCAGGGUACAACACCCUAGACCAAGCAGCUGCAGACGGCGCAGUGGUCUUGGCUUAUGGACAGUUCAUUACUAAUGUAGCGAAUUUCCUUGCGUUGGGAGUGUUUUUGUAUUUGAUCGCGAGAGUUUAUGCGGUGUUCACCCAUAAGACGAUUAUAAGCCAUACGGUGAGGUGUGCGUAUUGUAGGAAAUAUGUUUCUGAAAAGGCUAAGAGAUGUUUCAAUUGCACGAGUUGGUUGGAUGGAAGGGAGGAGAGGGAGACGAGUGCGCUUUGAUAAGUCAAAUCAACUGUUUUAUCUUCGCACGUGGAUAAAACUAUGGGUAUGUAUGUACUCUAAAUAGAUACGGACCAUAUAUGGUGAACGGAAUUUCCACUUUCGCAUAAAUACAUGAAUAUACUUUUCCCUCCGAGAAAUUC